AUGCGUACUCCUCCGACACGACCAACUUGCCUCUCUUAUACAAAAGAAAUGGACGAAGAGGACGAGAAGGAGGAGGAGGAGAAGGAGGAGGACGACGACCAGGAUGAUAUGCAUGUGAACAUGUUUGAGGAGAAGCUCAUCGUAGGAGUGGCGUCAGCCUGUUCGACAUUGGCGAUUGUUGCCUGUCUGGUCGUCGUCCCAUCUCUCUACAACACUAUCAACGAGGUUCACGAUGAGGUCAUCGACGGUGUGUCGGUGUUCCGAGUUGAGACCGAUUCUGCAUGGACUGAGAUGAUGGAUAUUCAAAUCACUGUCACCCCACCAUCAAAGCCUCGUCAGAACCCAUUCAACUCGAUCUUCCGUCAGAAAAGACAGGACUUCUCUGGCCUACCAGCCUGGUGCCAAUGCGAGCCCACCAAGCCUACUUGCCCACCUGGACCUCCUGGACCACCCGGAGAGCCUGGACAGCCUGGAACUCCUGGACCCCCAGGACCUCCUGGUGAGGACAACACCUCCACCUAUGCUCCUAUCACUUGCCCACCCUUCGACACUGCUUGCAUCAAGUGUCCCGCCGGACCUGCUGGACCAGCUGGACCCGAUGGAUCUGCCGGUCCCGCUGGACCCGAUGGACAGCCCGGAGCCCCUGGCCAACCUGGACAAGACGGACAGGCCGGACCUCCUGGACCUGCCGGAGAUGGCGGAGCCCCCGGAAACCCAGGAUCCGAUGGACAACCUGGUGCCCCAGGAAACGAUGGAACCAAGGGACGUGGUCAGCCCGGAUCACCUGGACCCGCUGGAGCCCCCGGACCUCAAGGAAACUCCGGACGCGACGGACAGCCUGGACAGGAUGGUGCCCCUGGACCUCAAGGACCCGCUGGACAAGCUGGUGCUCCCGGAACCCCUGGAUCCGAUGGACAGCCUGGAGCACCUGGUGGCCCUGGACUUCCAGGAAACGAUGCCGCUUACUGCCCAUGCCCACCUCGUUCGGCUGUGUUCGUGUCGAGAUUCACUCAUUAA